AUGAACAACAGUUUUGUAAACAUGGCGACGAUAGGCGACUUCGACCCGCUCAACGCGUCCAUCCCGGCCACCAAAGUUGAAAUCACAGUGUCCUGCAGAAACUUGCUGGACAGGGACACCUUCUCCAAAUCAGACCCAAUAUGUGUUCUCUACACACAAGGCAUGGGCAACAAGGAGUGGAGAGAGUUUGGAAGAACAGAGGUGAUUGACAACACGCUAAACCCAGACUUCGUGCGGAAAUUCAUUUUGGACUACUUCUUCGAAGAGCGACAGAACCUCCGAUUUGACCUGUAUGAUGUCGACUCGAAGAGUGCCAACCUGUCAAAACACGAUUUUCUGGGCCAGGCCUACUGUACUCUCGGAGAGGUGGUUGGAUCAUUGGGCAGUCGCUCGGAAAAACCUCUUGGAGGCAUCCAAGGAAAGAAAUGCGGGACCAUAAUUGUGAAAGCGGAGGAGCUGAACAACUGCAGGGAAUCAGUGAUGAUGCAGUUCUGCGGCAACAAGUUGGACAAAAAGGACUUCUUCGGCAAAUCCGACCCCUUCCUGGUCUUCUACAGGAGCAAUGAGGAUGGCACGUUUACGAUCUGCCACAAGACAGAGGUGGUGAAGAAUACGUUGAACCCAGUGUGGCAGGCCUUUAAGAUCCCUGUUCGAGCUCUUUGCAAUGGCGAUUAUGACAGAACGAUCAAGGUGGAAGUGUAUGACUGGGACAGAGAUGGCAGUCAUGACUUUAUUGGAGAGUUCAGCACCAGCUACAGAGAGCUGUCCAGAGGGCAGAGCCAGUUCAACGUCUAUGAGGUGGUAAACCCAAAGAAGAAAGGGAAGAAGAAAAAAUACCUCAACUCUGGAACGGUAACGCUGCUGUCAUUCCUGGUGGACAUUGAAGUCACCUUCCUGGACUACAUCAAAGGAGGGACCCAGAUUAACUUCACCGUGGCCAUUGACUUCACAGCUUCUAAUGGUAAUCCAGCCCAGCCCACCUCCCUCCACUACAUGAGUCCGUACCAGCUGAAUGCCUACGCCAUGGCCUUGAAGGCAGUAGGAGAAAUCAUCCAGGACUACGACAGCGAUAAGAUGUUUCCCGCACUGGGGUUCGGAGCCAAGCUGCCACCUGACGGUCGGAUCUCCCACGAGUUUGCCUUGAAUGGGAACCCUCAGAACCCGUACUGUGCGGGCAUUGACGGUGUGAUGGAAGCCUACUACCAAAGUCUGAAGUCAGUUCAGCUCUACGGACCCACCAACUUCUCCCCCGUCAUCAACCAUGUGGCCAGGUAUGCAGCUUCAGUCAAAGAUGGCUCCCAGUACUUUGUGCUCCUCAUCAUCACGGAUGGCGUCAUCUCCGACAUGGCCCAGGCCAAGGAGUCUAUCGUCAAUGCGUCCUGCCUGCCAAUGUCAAUCAUUAUUGUGGGGGUCGGACCUGCAGAAUUUGAUGCCAUGGUUGAGUUAGAUGGUGAUGAAGUCAGAAUCUCAUCCAGAGGAAGAUAUGCUGAGAGGGAUAUUGUUCAGUUUGUCCCAUUCAGGGACUACAUCGACCGGACGGGGAACCACAUCCUGAGCAUGGCCCGGCUCGCCAAAGAUGUCCUGGCUGAGAUCCCCGACCAGUUCCUCUCCUACAUGAGGACCCGCGGGAUCAAGCCGUCGCCAGCGCCACCUCCCUACACUCCUCCGGGCCAACCCCUCCAAACCCAGAUAUGAGGAGCCGGGAGGAUGAAGGUUUUGGAGUCAGGGGUUACCUGAACUUUACGCCCAAAAUACUUCCAUUUCCCAAAAGCCGCUCUCCAGGCCUCGUCGUCGUGGAUCACGAUGGUCGCUGCAUGUCGGACCAGGAGAGUGUCGCCUUUGAGGACAGGAAAAGCCAAUGAGAGUCUGUUUACUUCCACUGUCGAGCAUUCCUUUUACUGUCUGGAAUUUUUUGUUUUUUUGCCUGGGAAACCUGGACAGGCUUUGGAGAGAGUUUUGGAAAAAGGCUGUUCAGAAUAGAAGCGCUGAUGAAAGGAAGGGGAGGAGAAAUGAAGGACAGCUCUUAGGAAACAUGUGAAGAGAAUGUCUCCAGACAACGCAAAGGAAUCACUUGAUCUUAAAUUAACCUUUUCUGUAAAUAGCUGGACUUCUGUAACUUCUUUCUCUUGCUCUCUCUUUUUCUCUCUUUCCAACUCACUCACUGUUUACAGUAAAUGCUAUCAAGGAUUUUUAAUGUUGAUACUUUUAUAUACACAGUUUCAAUAUGAGGCUCGAAUACUCUCUCUCUCUCUCUCUCUCUCUCUCUCUCUCUCUCUCUCUCUCUCUCUCUGUCUCUCUCUCUCUCUCUGUCUCUCUCUCUCCUGGCAUGUGUGUCAGGUAGCAGCAGUGCAGGUCCUGGUAGCCCUUCUGUACCGUACCGUACCGUGCUGUACUGUACCGUACUGUAUUCUGGUGUUUGUAUUAACCUUUUUGCAUGAGUGUAGCCUCAGUCAAGUGCAUGCAUAUAGUGGCCCUGCACUACCUCUUCUACCCAUCUGUCUGUCUGUCCGUCUGUGGGGGAUGAGUGUCUGUCUGCCUCUAUCUCCAUUUGUCUCUUCACCUUGGCUGUCUGCACUGCUCUCAGGCCUGAGAUCUGUCUCCCUUCUUUCUGUCUAUCUCUCUCUCUCUUUCUUUCCUUUCUUUUGUUCCUCUUUCUCUUCUACUAGCUGUGUUUCCAUCCAUUUAAUGGCAAGUUAUAAAGACAAGCUGAACAGAAAAUGCAUCAUUUUUAUGCUCAUCAGAUGAGGGAUGGCUUUUAUUUCAGAACAUAAUUGGCUUUAUAAAAGAUUCCUGUUCACUGCUUAACAGUUCAUUUUUCAAACAUGAAUUAUUUGUCCCAUCCUUUUUUCAUCUACUUUUCAUCUAGAACCAUCAUCGGAUCAAACAAAAGUAUUUGCCCAGUUAUUUGAUUUAUGACCAAAAAACUAAUGACAUUCCCUUAAGCCUUUGUUGUACUUGACACUGAGUGCUAAUAAGCAAAUAGGAGCAUUUUAACUCACUAAAAAUAAGAUGGUGAACAUGGUUAAUAUACCUGCUAAACAUCAGCACUGGUAUUGUAUUAGCAUUUAGUUUAGCACGGUCUCAUCCAGCUACUACCAUGGCUGUGAAUGUUGUGUUUAGUGUCAUGGGAAAUGUGAAGUCAGUGCUAAUUAGCGAGUGUUAGCAUGCUAACGCCAUAAACCAAGAUGGUGAACAUGGUAGACAUUAUAUCUGCUACACAUACGCAUGUUAACGUUGUUAGUGUGAGCUUGGUAGCAUGCUGACAUUAGCAUCUAGCUCAGUACAGCUUUGUACAAAUGUUAGCAUGGCUGUGAACUCUUAGUCUUGUAUUUUGUCCAAUAGUAGCUGUAAAUGUGUGUUAAUUAGCCAAUGUUAGCAUGCUAAAACACACUAAACCAAGAUCGUGAACAUGUAAACGUUAUAGAUGCUUAACACGGGCGUUCACAUUUUGUUGUACAUAUUCUGAGCACAUUAGCCUGCUGACAUCGGCAUUUAGCUCAGUAUAGCCUCAUACAACUGCUAGCAUGGUUGUAGAAUGUAGGCUGUAGCCAACACUAGUAACUGUUAAAAACACAUAAUGUACUUUCUUACAUUAUAAAUUCCAGUUUAUUUGCUUGAGCGAAGUAGAUGAAGAUUCAAAUUGUGCAAUUUCUGUUUUCCAACGUUUCAUGUUUUUUGAGUUGUACUUCUUUGACUUGUGAAUGGAAGCAUAGCUACUCUGUCUCUCUCUGUCUCUGUUCUCCUCCAAACUGCCUUGGCAAUAGGAUGCCCACAUGCCCAGGGGUUUUGUCUCAUCGUGUCGUCUUAACACCACAUCCCUGCCCCACGUAUAAAGCGACAGCAGCUGCUCUCAAACAAAAUACUGUUUGAGCAAAAAGAGCCCAGUGGUCAAAAAUGCAGAGAAAAACACACUUUCCCUAUGUUGGCUUUCUGUUCAGUUUAAUUUUUCUUAUUUUGGUGUAUACUUUUAUUGCACCUUUAGCUUUGAUAUAGCUUUUUAUAUGUUUGUUUUUACGAUAUGUAUUUACAUGUGCCAAUCAUGUGGAAAAGGGAUGAUCGGUGUGAUUCUUGUCAUGUCAGUAUCGAGCGAUCGUUUCUAAAUGAAGUCUAAUGAAGAAUGAGAGUUCUGUUUUUGUCACGAAUGUGAAAGGUUUGAUCAGUGUCGUGUCGAAGAAGUGUGCUUCCGUGAUGAGUGAAAAUAUGUGGCGAGUUUGCGUGUUAUAUGAAACAGCUACAUCUUUUAAAACAACUAUAGAUCAAGUUUUUGAAAAGUCUUACCUACAAUGGGGAUGCACCAACCUUUGACAAAUUAUUGGAUAGUUAGUUCACCACCCAUAAUGUCAAAGGAUAUGUAAGCAUGGCACUAAUAUUAAAGCUUACAUUAUAUUUGUUUAUCAACACUCGGAAGUCUUAAAGCAUUGACAAGCAUUUAGAUAAAACUUAAUAAUAACCAUCAUUGAGAAACUGUUAAUUUAUAGUUAAAUCAAUGGCUUAAUAAAUGCUUUAUAAAGUGAACAGUAAAAUAAGUAUUAACUAAAGUUUGAUAAUGAUGGUUAUUAUAAGGUGUUGCCAACAUUUUUCUCAAGUGGACAUGAUGUUUUCAGAUGUUACCGUCCAUUUUUAUACAUCUAACUACCAAGUUAAACCAGACAGUGUCAGUUAGUUAAUACACAGCCAUGUUGUAGUAAUCAACUGUUUAACACACAAUUUAACAACAACGGAAGUGUUAAAAAUCACAUAUUACAGCCUUUUAACAUAUGUUAAAUAUGUAUCAUUCUUUCUAUUUAUAAAGGUUCAUGUUUCCACAUUUAAACAUAACAGAUAUAAUGAAUAUUUUAUUUGGCCUCAAUUAUUAAAAAGCUCAUGACCAGCACAUCAUCCACCAACUGAUGUUUUAUAGAAUGGAGACUUUUCAAUUAACUCACUUUGUUUUAUCAACCCAGCACCAUUUACACACAUACUGUGCUCGACCAUGCUGAUUGCUGCUCUAAUGUCUCCACAUACUGCAUCAUUUUGGCCAUUUUCAGUCGAUGCCAUGUCCCUUAUCGCUCAGCUCAUUACAGAGUCUCUCCAAGUAUUCAGCGUUGUUGCGGCAGUGCCAGACACUUGUGUCAUUAUCUUGUUUCGCUACUCUGCUACAGUCUUUCACCACAUUACAUUAUCAGCAAAUGGCCUGUAGUAGCGCAGUGUGACUGUGAGUGUCAAGGUGUGAUUUGCUUGUUUUUUCAACAUGUGAAAGUUUUUUUAUUCUCAUUAUUUUAAUCAUUUUAUUGGCUUUAAUUUCCUUUUUCAGUGCACAAAUGCAAGUAAAAGAAAUGUACGGCUUAAGGGUCAGUAGAGUACAGUGGAGUGACCAAUUAUAAUUUUUAACUGACAUUUUAUAUAUUUGAAGUUAAGUUGUUUAACAUUCCCAACUUGAACUUUUCCUUUCUCGCAGUCCUUACAUCCUGUAUUGCAGCUGAGCCACAGUGCUGAUACGGCUGGACUAACUGUUAGCCGAGCCGGUGCAGUCACACUCCUGCAGCCGCCCGCUGUGUUCAAAGCGUAGCUGGACUCGUCAUUAGGACUGCAGGUCAAACUAUGGAGCUCAUUACUGCCCUGGCAGAUAUGUUACGAAACUCACAUCCUCCAAACUGUUAGCGAUCCAACACUGCGGGGGUCAGGGCUGGUUUAUUAUAGCUUUUGCUGAUUGAAAAGGCACAGUGGGGAUGUUUUUGCGAGGUGGGCCUUUCUGCUCGGAGUGGGAAGUGUUUGACGUUCAUAUUUGGUGACAGCUUCAGGGGAAUCCCUGCAAAUUUCUGUAUAUCAAGAUAAAAACAAGUGUGGUAAAACUGGAUGGCUAGGGGAUAAAGUUAAAGGGAAAAUAUGGCAAAUUACAACUUGAAUUUCAUCUAUUCUUGCUCCAGUAGCAUAGUACUGAUUAAAGUUAUCACAAAAUGACUGUUAAAAUGAAGUUUUACGGUAGUACAAGGAGAGGAGAAUCAAAUUGACUGAUAGUGUCAGUUACGCAGCAGUAUCUGUCUAAUGUUAGGUAACACUAGCCAAUGUAAGCUGCUGGUUGCACUGGAACAAGUGAAGAUGUAGUGGCAGACCUGAUUAUAUCAAGAAGAGACAUCCAUGACUUUGUGUUUCCUCCUGGACACAUUUUAGCCCAGGAUGCUGUUGUAGUGCUUGUAAGGUUCCAUAUACAAAGAGCCCAUACAGGACGCCUGUAUCAUGCCAUUUGGAUGGCUUACUACCUCCUGGUUCCACUUGUGGGAAAAUACCUACCUAUCUACCUACAUGCUCAUUUCACUAAAUUGACAGGAACAUUGUACAUUACACCUGAAAUAAUAUGGUUUUAUUGGGUAAAGGUUUGAUAUCAAUUAGUUAAUAAAGUAAUACUAUGUGAUUACCAGAUUAAUAACCAGGCAGUAACUUGGUAUCAACAUAGGGCAUAGCUGGGUUGUAUUAGACUAUAUUUUGCAUUUGGCUUUCUUUAUUCAUUAUUCAUGAAACUACCAGGACUUGUUGAUGAGUAACAAGUCACAACAUUAAUCGUAUGGUCUGUACAGCGUUACCUUGAAACAAGGCAAGAGAAAAUGAAAUUCAGUGUUAUGAUGUGCCAAUUACCAAUUUUGUCUUCUGAGAAAUUGCAUGAGGUUUUUGAAGGUUAUACACUGAUAGUAGCCAAUUAUUGUAUUAACAUUGACCUGUAUUACCUCAUUAUCAGGAAUAUCACCACAUUUGUGCCACCAUAUUACCAUUUCUUAUUAGCAGGUUAGCAUAUUGUUGCCAAAAUAUUGCUUUACUAUUACUAAAUAGUUUCCCUCAUUUAUUCCCCAAUGUGUUUCCCUGUUAUAACCCUUUGUUUUUGCCCCUUAGAGUCUAAUAUUGCACAUAUAUACCCAUAGCUAAUACCAAGCUAUUACCUAGUUAUUACUUCAGUAAUUAUGUAGUUUUACCUGUUAGCUUUAUAUUCAUCAAACUGUUACAACGUUAUCACCAAGUUACCCACCAUGUAAAAUGCUACAGAAAUAUUUAGUUGCCAAUCUGUAGUUUUUGAAAUUACAGAACUUAAAAUGAGCUGGACAUUUUUUAAACGGGGGAUUCAACCCACGUCUGAGAGAGUUGGGUUUCAAAUUAGAAUUCUUUAGUGACAUGAAUUCAGAGCUAUUACACUUGAAUUUGUUUGUUUGUUUUUUUUGGCCUGCCUUUGCUUCCAUACCUACACAUAAACAUGAUCAUAUUAUCGCUACAGUCAUUUGUGCCAGUUAUCUUCUGUUAGUCUGCUUUGGUUGAAUGGAUUUUAUUAUUAUUAUUGUUAUUAUUAUUAUUAUCAUUAUUAUGAGUGAAUGAGUGUAUGUGUGUGUACAUGCAUGUGUUUGAUAUAAAUAUAUUUUGGGUGUGCGUUCGUGAGUGUGUGUAUGUGUGUGCGUGCGCGUGUGUGCCCGUGUGGCACCUUUAUACGAGUGGUUUAAUAGACCAUGUGAGGUGUUAAGACACAUAAGAUCUUUGUUUACUAAAGCUAUCCAAAUAAUAUAUUGUAUGCUCGUCAUAUCUUCUUAACAACGUGCACUAUGUUUGCAUGUACAGUUUUACAAAGGAUGCACCAGUUCCUUUUGUUGAAAAACUGAGUGUUUUGAAAUAUAAAAAAAAAUCUAUAUGAAAAAUCUUAACUGUACAAAAAUGGCCUUAAAUCUUUCACUCGAUUUUCUUGGAAUUGUGCGAUGCCUUCUUCAGAAAAAUGAAUUGUUUAAAAAGGAAUUGAUCGUUUCUCUAUUUUGUGUCAGUGUUUCUAUUGCUUUCUAGUGGGUUUUCCUUUGCACAAGUUCAACAAUGGAAGAAAAAAAAAAGAUUAUCUUGUACUUUUUUGAAACCGUAAUUAAUCAGAGAAAGCAUGGCUGAAGUACUGAUUGUCUGAUAAUACAUAUAAUAGAUGACUAUUUCUGUAUCGAACUAUGGAUUUUUAAAUAAAUAUUCAUAUUAAACACAAAA